AUGGACAGAAGUGACUACGACAGUGAAGAUGAUCAGCAAAACUGGACAAUCCCUGAUACACAGGAGCAAGAAGAAGAUACCACACCUCUCUUUGAGAAUGUUUCACCUCAACCAAAAUCUAGCGAAAGAGAUUCGGUUCAUCUUCAUCAACUAUAUUACAUUGACCAAGGUGAAUGGAAUGAUUUCCAGAAUAAUCAGCAAUCAAAUCAACUCUCUCCAACAUUGGAUAAUGUAUCACCUAGCCUUGACUCUUCUCAAUACCAUCUUCAAGAUAAUCUUCUUCUAGGUAUUAAGCAAGAGCCACCAACAACAACAUUAGACAAGGCUCUUCUCAUUGGAACCUCUCUUCCUAGCUUUAUCAGAAAGAAACUUCCCAAAGAGGAGCAAGAAAAAUUUGCCAACACCCGACUGCUCAUGUUCAACAGAGAUUAUUUCUUUGCAGUGAUGGACGAGGAGAACGACGAAUUGGAUCGCUUGGUAUGCAUUGAUAAGGCUGACCUUACUCUCAAUCCAAAAGAUGAUAAUUAUUCUGUAAAGAGAAGGCGAACAUUUGCAACUUCCGAUGAUGAAGAAGAAUCGAUUGAUAGUGAGUGUGACCUGUAUGUUGAUGAGGCAGAAUCAGACGAAUCAGCAGACUAUAAAGAAUAUGAAGAAUAUGUGGAUUUUGAAGAAGAGGAUGUAGCAGAGGAAGAAAUAGAAAAACCCAAACCUGUGAAACCUAAAAGAACAAGAGCUUCAUCCUCAAAAGAAAAUAGAGUUUCAUCUUUAUCAUCCCAAAUUGCUUCAUCUUCCUCCUCCGCAGAAAACUCAUCCUCCACUGUACAUAGAGUUUCAUCAACAUCAGAUACAAUACUUGUUCACUUCUUUGCAGAUAAGAUUGAGGAAGGAAGAUACCUAUCCUCCACUAUUUAUGCUCCGUGCAGAACUAAAACAGGAGCAAAAGCAGUCAAACCAAAUGCCUAUGUAAAUAAGAGAACCACCAUCAAACAAACCGACAAGACACUGCUGCUAACAAUUAGUAAUCCAUUUGGGAAUUUAAAUAGACAUGAUUUUGAAAUUUGCAUCAUUGUGGAUGAUAGUUUCCAUGGAGAGGAAUUAAAAGUGAGGGAUCAGUUGAAUGAUAAGGAAAUGCUUGUGAAAAAAUUGAUAAAAGACCCAGAAGAAGAAGACCUACUAACAAUUGUACAUCAGAAAAAGGUUGAAGAAGGAUGGGAAAUUGGUUGUCAAGUUAGCACUUCAAAUAAUUUUGGAUGGAAAUCAAAGCACAAGUAUUACAAAUUUCUAAUUCUAUCCAACAUUCAAAAUGUCCACUCAUGUGUUUCCGAAGAAUUUAGAGUCUCUCAAAAUUGUGCUCAAAACAUGAGACAGUCCAAUAAGAAAAAGUAA